UGCAGAUGGUUGGCAAUUCGACUUCAGCUUCUUGGUGCUGUCGUCGUAUUCUUUGCAGCUGUAUUAUCAGUAGCAGAAAGAGGUGUUUUCACAGCAGCCAUCGUAGGAUUGACACUGUCCUAUGCGCUCACAAUCACAGAUAAUUUAACCCAGAUGGUGAGAAAUUUAACCCAAUUAGAGAAUUGUAUGGUAUCUGUGGAAAGAAUCAACGAAUAUUGCGAACUUCCCUCAGAAGCUUCUUGGAAAACUGAAUCUUGCAGCUUAUGUUUAGGUAACUGGCCAAGGCAGGGAUCUGUUUCUUUCAGAGACUAUAAAAUGCGUUACAGACCAGGAAUGGAGCUUGUGCUGAAAGGAGUUGAUGCAGAAAUUGCUGCUGGAGAGAAAGUGGGCGUAGUCGGGCGCACAGGAGCAGGGAAGAGUUCUUUGGCCCUCGCUUUAUUCCGUAUCGUAGAACCGGACUCAGGACGUAUCCUUAUCGAUGGUAUCGACAUCGGAAUUUUGGGACUUCACGAUCUGCGUUCGAGGAUUACUAUUAUUCCUCAGGAUCCAAUAGUAUUCAGUGGUACUUUAAGACUCAACUUGGAUCCUCUUCAGCAGCACACAGAUAAGGACCUGUGGGCUGCAAUUGAACAUGCUCAUCUGAAGACAUUCGUUAAUACGUUAGAAGAAGGACUUGAAUAUCAAGUCUCGGAAGGAGGCGAAAAUCUGAGUGUUGGUCAAAGGCAACAAAUAUGUUUAGCUCGAGCUCUCCUGAAAAAGACGAAGAUAUUGGUGUUGGAUGAAGCAACAGCUGCAGUGGACUUGGAAACUGAUAAGCUUAUCCAGAAUACAAUACGCAGUGAAUUCUGGGAUUGUACCGUCAUCACCAUAGCUCACAGACUACAUACUGUUUUAGAUUAUGACAGGAUUCUAGUGAUGGCUGAUGGAAGAAUUGUGGAAGAUGGAGAACCAGAUACACUCUUACAGAAGCAAGAUUCUCUAUUUUACCAACUCGGCCGAUCAGCUGGAUUGCUAUAAUGAGACAUAUUACAAAUGUUAUAUUUCAUCAAACAAGAUUGCAGAACAAAACUGAUAAUAUCUGGGAAUAUUUAGGUACAUUUAGGAAUAGUUUUCACCCAAACUUUGUUGGAACUGUAAUUAAAAGCCUUUAAAAUAAGAGUUGAUAAACCAAACUUUUAACAACAGUUGACUAGUACUAAAAAUAUAACAGCUGCAUGACUGCAGUUAAAAUGAAGUAUUUGAAGAAGAGUACUGCAUUUUUGAAGCAAUGUUUUCACAGAAAAGUACGAUUAUUCAGUGUGUAAAGAAAUGUUAACAGAAAAUUUGUACACUGUAAUAUAAAAAUCUGAUGUAUACACCACAUGACUUCCUUGUAUUGGAAUAUUAAAUUAUACGCAUUUUUCUUGCAUUUCAUUUAAA